CAUUGGCAGUAGCCGAUUUAGCUUCAUUCGCCGCGCGACGUUCUCAGCAGUUCGAUUCGGCCGGCGAGCUGCCAAAUAAGUAGCAACCAUAUAAACUGACACCUGACGCGAGGCACCCGGAGUCAUAAUAAAAGCCGCCGAAAUGGCCUUCAUGCCGUGCUUUUAUGUGCCCAAGCGGAUCAACCUGGCGAUCAUGCUCUUCAUGGCCUGCCUUCUCAGCUAUAUGAUGCGCGUGAAUCUCUCGAUCAACAUCAUCGCCAUGGUGGAGGACACGAGCAGCCACGACAAUGGAACGGAAGUCGAGGCCCUGCCCAAUUAUGGACCUCGUUAUAACUGGACGCAAUCGGAUCAAGCCCUUCUUUUAGGUGCCUAUUUCUAUGGAUAUAUGAUCACUUCCUUGCCCGCCGGCACUUUGGCUGAAAUGCUAGGAGCUCGAAAUGUGGCAGGAUAUAGUUGUUUGGUGGCCGGAAUCCUUACGGCUCUGACUCCGGCGGCUGCUGCCUGGGACAAGUAUGCGGUGUUCGCCGUCCGGUUCCUGAUCGGAUUCCUCAACGGCGUGGUGUAUCCGUGUUGCCACAGCCUGGUGUCCAAGUGGUCACCUCCGGACGAGAAGGGCAAGUUUGUGGCCUCGCUGAUGGGCGGAACCUUUGGCACUGUCAUCACGUGGCCCAUCAGCGGAGUGAUCAUCGAGAAUCUGGGCUGGGACUGGGCCUUCUACAUUGUGGGCAUAUUCGUGCUGAUUGUGGUGGCCAUAUGGUUCUACCUGGUGGCAGAUACUCCGGCUCAGCACAGCACGAUCAGUCUCAAGGAGCGGGAAUACAUCGAGAACAGCUUGGGCAGCACUCUAAGCAACAAGAAGAAGUGGCCCCCAUACAAAGAGCUGAUCCUGUCACUGCCCUUCUGGUCGCUUAUGUUGCUCCACUACGGCAGCAUGUGGGGUCUGUUCUUCCUGAUCACAGCCACGCCCAAGUUCUUGAGCGAGGUCCUGGGCUUCAACCUCUCCUCCGCCGGCGUUUUGUCCAGUCUGCCACAUGUGGCACGUCUGCUCUGUGCCUUUGGAUUCGGUGCUGUGGCGGAUUGGAUUCGUCGCCGGGGCUGGUGGUCCGUAACCAAGAUGCGCAAGGCCUUCUGUCUGCCCUCUCACAUCUUGCCCGGAGUAAUGCUGAUUAUCCUGGCCUACUUCGGUCGCGAUCCAUAUGUUUGUGUGGCCAUUAUGACCAUCUCGCUGGGCUUCAACGGUGCUGCCACUGCUUCAAACUUGGCCAAUUCGCAGGAUUUGGCCCCCAACUAUGCGGGCACGUUGUACGGAAUCAUCAACUGCAUUGGCACCACUCCGGGAAUAUUCUCGCCCCUGAUUGUGGCAGCCUUUACAAAGAACGAGAACACGAUCGAUCAGUGGCACUGGAUCUUCAUUAUUGGAGCCGCUGCCUAUAUAUUGCCCGCCCUGUUUUUCUGGGUAUUUGGAUCGGGAAAGAUCCAGAAGUGGAACGAGGUGCAGACCACCGAGUCUCGCGAGGAUAUUGUCAACACAAAGUUGUAGUUUGUGCCCUGACAAUCACCUGUGAUGUUGUAUCUUUAGUAUUAUGCCAUAACUACGAUGUGUACUUGUUUAUGGAGAGUCCUAUUAAAGCUUUAGCCGUGUAUUUAUUAUUAA